AUGGCCAAAGAGAUAGAGGAAAAAGAAAGACUGGAGAGGGAACGCAUAGCAAAGGAAAGAGAGCGAAUCGCCAGGGAAAGGGCAGAAAAAGAAAGGCAAGAAAGAGAGCGCAUCGCAAAAGAAAGGGCAGAAAAAGAAAGGCAAGAACGAGAGCGCAUCGCAAAAGAAAGGGCAGAAAAAGAGAGGCUAGAGAAGGAACGCAUCGCAAAAGAAAUUGCAGAAAAAGAAAGGGCAGAAAAAGAAAGGCAAGAAAGAGAGCGCAUUGCAAAAGAAAGGGCAGAAAAAGAAAGGCAAGAAAGAGAACGCAUCGCAAAAGAAAGGGCAGAAAAAGAAAGGCAAGAAAGAGAACGCAUCGCAAAAGAAAGGGCAGAAAAAGAAAGGCAAGAAAGAGAACGCAUUGCCAAGGAACGAGAGCGAAUCACCAGAGAGAAGGAGCGUCAGGAAAAGGAAAGGAUAGCAAAAGAAAGGGCAGAAAAAGAAAGACUGGAGAGAGAACGCAUCGCCAAAGAAAAGGAGAGGAUUGCAAAGGAGAGGCAGAGGAUUGAGCAAGAGAGAGCCGAAAAGGAGAGGCAAGAAAAGGAACGGAUCGCCAAAGAAAUGCUCGAGAGAGAGCGCAUCGUUAAGGAGAGGGAGCGAAUCGCCCGGGAAAAAGAGAGAGCAGAAAAGGAACGACUUGAAAAAGAGAGAGCAGCCAGAGAGAGGGAAAGGCUGGAGAGAGAGAGAGCAGCGAGGGAGAAGUUGGCUCGUGAGAAGGAGCUGAUGGAGAGGCAGAGGCUCGCCAGAGAAAAGGCUGCUCGGGAUAAGAUGGAGGAGGUGAAGAAACAAGAGCUCCUCGAGAGGAAACCAAACGCCUCGCAGCCGAAAGCUCCGGCGGCGGAGGAGAGAAGUGACAGAGCGAGUGUGUCAGCCGUCAGGAGGGAGAAGAGCGUGACAGAGGAGAAGAUAACCAUGGGCGGGAAGAAAAAAUGACACCAUGGGUCUAAGUUACUGUCUCAUAAAUGGUGCUAGAGCUCUGAUUGGCUAGAGGCGUAAAAUAAUCUCCCUCCAUGACUGAGCAGGUUUCUGUACAUCUCAGCAGCAUAACAUCACAAUUUUUCUUGCUUUGGCCUCAUAUUCGUUAUUAAAGCUCCAGUGUGUAGGAUUUUGAGGAAUUCGGGAUUUUCCACCCACCAAAAUUUCAACAUCUGCAGCAAAGUAUUGAGUUUAUAUUUUUGGAGCUGGGCCUGUCUUUUGGACUGCUAUUGAUAUCCGGUUAUUCAUUGCACUCUCGGAGUGUGGAGCGUACUCUGGGCACAGACGGAGCAGCAGAAUGUCAGAUUGCAGUGAAAUUUAAACUUAAAAAACUUAAACUUAAAUCCAUGGUAAAUGCAGUAAAUCGAUGCAAUAAAUUCCUCUUUGCAUGCUUUAUUGAAAGAAAAUCAGAUUUAUCUUAUUUUUAAUAAUAAUAAUAAUAGAUUUUAUAU